AUGGUGAAACGCAACAUCACCAUCGCGAUUAUCCUCAUUGUCCUCUUUAUCCUCAUCUCCAUCGGCGUCCUCAUUGCCUACGCCAUGAAGCACCAACUCGGUCCCUUCGGCGGCAAGCGCAUCUCCGACGAGGAGAGCGACGGCGGCGGCUAA